AUGCCUUCUUCUUCACCUGUUACCAACCCGUCUUACAGCAACAACGGAUACAGCAACAGCAACAGCUCUGGUGGCUCAACUUACACAGGUGGUCAGGGCACCUCUACUGGUGCCAUGCUGAGCCAGUGGGCCACAACUCGAGACAGAACAGAGAAUUUCUACGUCACAGGCGAAAGGACAGGUCGGGGAGCCAUGGCAGGCAUGGAUGUGACUCAAAAAUUUGAUAACUACUUCAACAGAAGUAGAUGA